AUGGCGUCCCACUCACACCCUUCGUCCACCGCUAACAUCGUCGGUGCUCAUUACCGCGUUGGAAAAAAAAUCGGUGAAGGCUCGUUUGUAUCUACAGGCACAAAUCUUCUCAACUCACAGACUGUGGCCAUCAAGUUUGAACCGAGAAAGGCUGAAGCUCCUCAACUUCGUGACGAAUGUCGUUCUUACCGUAUUCUCUCUGGGUGUACUGGGAUACCGCAAAUCUAUCACUUUGGGCAGGAGGGAUUGCACAAUAUUUUGGUCAUCGACCUCCUUGGACCGAGUCUCGAAGAUCUUUUUGACAUGUGUGGCCGGAAAUUCUCGAUUAAAACUGUAUGCAUGGCCGCUCGUCAGAUGAUCACCCGAGUGCAAACUAUCCACGAGAAAAACUUGAUCUAUCGCGAUAUCAAACCGGAUAACUUCCUGGCAGGACGUCCAGGAACGAAGGGGGCCAACGUCAUUCACGUCGUAGAUUUUGGUAUGGCCAAACAAUAUCGAGAUCCGAAGACGAAACAACACAUCCCGUAUCGUGAACGGAAGAGUUUGAGCGGCACAGCGCGGUACAUGAGCAUCAACACGCACUUAGGUAGAGAACAAUCUAGAAGAGACGACUUGGAAGCUCUUGGACACGUCUUCAUGUAUUUUCUGCGCGGAAGCCUUCCCUGGCAAGGGCUCAAAGCGGCUACGAACAAACAGAAGUACGAGAAGAUUGGAGAAAAGAAGCAAACUACACCAAUCAAGGAGUUGUGCGAAGGCUUCCCUGAGGAAUUUGGAAUUUAUCUCAACUACGUACGCAAGUUGGGGUUUGAGGAGGCGCCCGACUAUGAUUUCUUGAGGGAGUUGUUCUCGAAAGUCAUCAAAAGCAAUGGCGACGUGGACGAUGGCGUUUUUGACUGGAAUUUACUCAACGGUUGGUUUACCCCUCAUCCCCGUUUCAUUCCAGUAAUCUUAUGA